AUGGAGCCUCCGAAUUUCGAAGCCGUGAACUUCACGGCGGAACCAGCAGCGGCAGCGCACCAAAUAUGUGAGGAAUGGAGAGACACCCCGGAGGGCUCCGUGUUCCACCUCGCCAAUAUUUUCCUUUUCCUUGGCUUCAUGGGUGGCAGCGGCUUUUACGGACUCAUCUACCUGUUCACCUUUCUGACUCUGGGCUUCUUCUGCUCCACUCUUUGGGCAUGGUCGGACUCCUGCACAACGGACUCUCUCCUGUGGAGUUUUGCUCUCUUCGGGACGUGUUUGGGACAACUCGUGCAUGUUUCCUAUCGUCUGAGAAGCGUGUCCUUCGAUAAUGAAUUCCAGGAGAUUUACAACUGUAUGUUUAAAAAACUGGGAAUGUCGCUGACACUUUUCGGGGAGAUAGUGGCGUGCUGUGACGGAGGCAUCCAGACCAUAGAGAGUGACCACUGCUUCGCCAUAGAGGGAAAAACCGCUAUUGACAAGCUGUCGGUGCUCCUGUCUGGCAGAAUCCGUGUGACAGUAAAUGGAGAGUUUCUGCACUACAUCUACCCUUUCCAGUUUCUGGAUUCACCUGAGUGGGACUCUCUCAGACCAUCAGAGGAGGGUGUAUUCCAGGUCACCCUGCAUGCUGAUAACCCCUGUCGAUACGUGGCAUGGAGGAGGAAGAAACUCUAUCUGCUCUUUGCUAAGCAUCGCUACAUAGCUAAGAUCUUUGCCCUGGUUGUGCGCAAUGACAUUGCAGAGAAGCUGUACUCCCUCAACGAGAAGGCUUACGAUGAGUCCGGGCACCGCUAUGAUCUCCGCUUACCGAGCUACAUGCCAGGGACCGAAUUAGAAAAGGCAGAUGUCUUCCUGCAAGUUCCAGUGCAGGGGGAAAAGACUGCCUGAGCACACAUAUGAAUGCGCGUGGGCGCGCGCACACACAAACACACACACACACACACACACACACACACAUACACACACUGCUCCAAGCCAUAAACAUGAAGGUCCCUAGCUUGCAUUUAAGUGCCAUUGCAAUUAAAAACAGUACAAUGUUGUUUUUGUUUAAGAUAGUUUUUUGGGCAUUUUCCUUCUUUAUUUUUGACAGGACAGCUGAAGAUAUGAAAGGGGGGAGAGAAGCGGAAGGGCCUGCAGCAAAGGACAGCAGGUCAGAGUCAAACGCAGGCCCGCUGUGUUAGGGAGUAAACCUCCAUACAUGGACGGCUGCUCUACCGACUGAGCUAUCUGGCCGCUCACAAUGUUGUUAUUUAAGAGAUGGGGGUUGAAUUUGAAUCCAGGUUGACCUAUAGGCCAUGUUACCCAACAGAAAAACAGUUAAGACAAAAAUGAUACUGCGCUUGGAUCAUUUGUUAUUUGACUCUGUGUUUUUUCAAUCAUAAACUGGAGCAGAACAUAACAGAUCUUUACUACUUCAUAGAUAGGCGUGUUGUAUAUUUUGGCGUUUUCAGUCUCAGCCACGCAACAAUAAAAUAAAACGCCUAAGGCUUUGGAGCUGAAUUACCAUUAUCCAUGAAAGACUUUUGUGUGUGUUGUGUGUGUGUUGAAGUGGUUUAAGGCUCAUGACACUAGGCUCAGAUUAUCCUGUUAAACGAACCUAAAGGCAAACAUCCAAGAUUUGUCAACUCUCUUUUUAGACAACCAUUAAAAGCGUAAUUUAAAAGCAGCUAUUCUUGAUGUAUAAGUGCAUUAUGAAUGUAUAAAGUUGUAAAAUGUAAUGUGUAUUAUUUGUUGACAGAUUAGAUCAGUGCCUAUUGUUAACGUAACAUUGCGCAGAUGUAAAAACAGAUGUGUAAAUAGGCUAAUUGUGCCCAUGUUGGACUAUAUAAAUUAAUUUAUUUUAUUUUA